AUGUCAGUCGAAGAUUUGAAAAAUACCGUUUCUAAAUUGCAAGAAAGAAUCCAACAAUUGGAGAAAAAAGUUGGUGUAACCACUCCUUCAUCAUCACCCGAUUUGGCCAAACAAUUGAGAUUGGUCUUGAUUGGUGCUCCCGGUUCAGGAAAAGGUACCCAAUCUGUCGAUCUAAAGGACAAAUUCUGUGCUUGCCACUUGGCUACUGGUGAUAUGUUGAGAUCACAAGUCAAGCAAGGAACUCCAUUGGGACUCGAAGCAAAAAAGAUUAUGGACCAAGGUGGAUUGGUCAAUGAUGAAAUCAUGGUCAACAUGAUCAAAUCUGAAUUGGAAACCAACAAGACUUGUGCUAAAGGUUUCAUUUUGGACGGUUUCCCAAGAACUAUCCCACAAGCCGAGAAGUUGGAUACUAUGUUGAAGGAAAGAAAGACACCAUUGGAGAAUGCCAUUGAAUUGAAAAUCGAUGACGAAUUGUUAGUUGCCAGAAUCACCGGUAGAUUGGUUCACCCAGCCAGUGGAAGAUCAUACCACAAGAUCUUUAACCCUCCAAAGAAGGAGUUGACUGAUGACGUCACUGGAGAACCUUUGAUUCAAAGAUCUGACGAUAACGAGGAAGCUUUGAAAAAGAGAUUGGUCACUUACCAUCAACAAACUGAACCAAUUGUUGAAUACUACAAGAAAACUGGUAUCUGGCAAGGAAUCGAUGCUUCUCAAAAACCAGCAAAGGUUUGGAGCGAUAUUUUGAAAUGUUUGGGUCAAUAA